AGUUCAAAACACAUCCUCAUUCUCAUUUCCUCUUUGAUCCCUUUUUGGUCAUAUCAUGGGUGUUUUCACUUAUGAAACCAAGUUCACCUCCACCAUCCCUCCUGCUAGGCUGUUCAAGGCCUUUGUCCUUGAUGGAGACAACCUCAUCCCAAAGAUCGCUUCUCAAGCCAUUAAACAAGUAGAGAUCCAUGAAGGAGAUGGAGGAGCUGGAACCAUCAAGAAGAUCACUUUUUGUGAAGGGAGUAGCUUUAACUAUGUGAAGCACAGAGUCGAAUCCGUAGACCAAGACAACUUGUCUCACUCCUACACUUUGAUUGAAGGUGAUGCGUUGAUAGACAAACUUGAGAAAAUUUGCUAUGAGAACAAGUUGGUGGCAUCCCUUGAUGGAGGCUGUAUCGUUAGGACUAUCAGUAAGUACUACACUAAUGGUGAUGCUGAAAUCAAGGAAGAUAAUGUUAAGGAAGGAAAAGAGAAGGCAUCUCAGUUGUUCAAGCUCUUUGAGAAAUACCUCAAUGACCACCCUGAUGCAUACAACAACUAA